AUGGACCGCAAUCCUUCUCCACCGCCGCUGAAUCGGGACGGGGACGAGGAGGAGGAGGCGGCCGGGGGGGACUGCAUAGGCAGCACGGUCUACAGCAAGCACUGGCUCUUCGGCGUCCUCAGCAGGCUCAUCCAGAUUGUUAGCCCUGAAAACUCCAAAUCCAGCUCAGAUGAUGAGGAGCAGCAGAUGGAGCUUGAUGAAGAAAUGGAGAAUGAAAUCUGCAGAGUGUGGGAUAUGUCAAUGGAUGAGGAUGUGGCUUUGUUUCUCCAAGAAUUUAAUGCUCCUGACAUAUUUAUGGGAGUAUUGGCCAAAUCCAAAUGUCCUCGAUUAAGAAGCGACUGUGACCUGUGAAAUUUGAUUUGGCAGGAAAUCUGUGUGGGAAUUUUAGGUAAUAUGGCCUGUUUCCAGGAGAUAUGUGUGUCCAUCAGCAGUGACAAAAAUCUUGGCCAGGUAUUAUUGUACUGUCUGUGUGAUUCAGACCCUCCUACUCUGCUGGAAACAAGCAGGUUGUUGCUUACUUGCCUUUCCCAGACAGAAGUGGCCAUUGUCUGGGUUGAAAGAAUCCGAGAACAUCCAGCUAUUUAUGAUAGCAUUUGCUUCAUCAUGUCAAGUUCAACAAAUGUUGACUUGCUGGUGAAGGUCGGGGAGGUUGUGGACAAGCUCUUUGAUUUGGAUGAGAAGCUAAUAUUGGAAUGGAUUAGAAAUGGGGCUGUUCAGCCUCUGGACCAACCCCAGGAAGAUUCUGAACAGCAGCCAGUGUUUCGAAUUGUGCCCUGCGUACUUGAAGCUGCCAAACAAGUACGUUCUGAAAAUCCAGAAGGGCUCGAUGUUUACAUGCGUAUCUUACAGCUGCUGACUACAGUGGAUGAUGGAAUUCAAGCAAUUGUACAGUGUCCUGACACUGGAAAAGUCACUUGGAAUUUACUCUUUGACCUGGUGUGCCAUGAAUUCUGCCAGUCUGAUGAUCCACCCGUCAUACUUCAAGAGCAGAAAACAGUGCUAGCCUCUGUUUUUUCAGUGUUGUCCGCCAUCUAUGCCUCACAGGCCGAACAGGAGUAUCUAAAGACAGGAAAAGUAGAUCUUCCUCUAAUCGACAGCCUGGUUCGUGUCUUACAAAAUAUGAAACAUUGUCAAAAGAAACCAGAGAACUCAGCAGAGUCUAACACAGAAGAAACUAAAAAGUCUGAUUUAACCCAGGAUGACUUCCACUUGAAAAUCUUGAAGGAUAUUUCAUGUGAAUUUCUUUCUAAUAUUUUCCAAGUUUUAACAAAGGAAACUGUAGCUCAGGGACGAAAGGAGGGCCAGUUAAGCAAACAGAAGUGUUCCUGUGCAUUUGAAAACCUUCUUCCUCUCUAUAACCCUGUGGUAGAAGACUUCCUCAAAAUCCUACGUGAAGUUGAUAAGACCUUUGCUGGUAACCUGGAGGAAAGCUUCCCAAGUUUGAAGGUUCAGACUUAAAAACUAUUGGGAUUCCUCUGCUGAAGAAAUGAACUCUGUUUUCCUUGCUGACAGUUGAAAUUGACAAACAAGAAAUAUUAGACCAUAAUUGUUUGGUUUUAUACUCAUGCCCUUCUCCUCCAGCCUUAUCUCAUUUUUGUUUGGCAUUGGAAUCUAGCUUCACUACCAUCAAACAUCAUCUCCCCCGCCCCCCGCCACUUCUUUUUUGUAUUGGUUGUGCAGUCUUUUGUCUUCUUCAGGUAAAGAAGACAAAAUACAAGCUUAUCAUUGAGGUUCUUUUUAGAAUAUUUGAGGGGUUGGUGAGGAUUUUCUUUGUAACUCUUAAUUUGAUUUUUACUCAGAAUUUUGUAUUCAUAUCCACUACAAGUACAUUCACCUGCACUAGUAGAAAACCCUACUAUAGUAGUUGCUUAAUCUGAUAA